CCACAGUAGGGAAGAACCGGCAGGAUAAGCAAUCAUGGAUGGCCAACGGCAACAACCAUAUGUCCCGGGCCCACCACCGCAAACAAUUCAACAGACAGCAUCCCAAGGCCAUGUGAUGCAGCUACCACCACCUCCUCCGCAACCCCCUCCACCACGAGUUACUCAUGCAGCAUCUCAUGGUGGUCUGCCUCCGCCGCCACCGGUGCCUCCUCGUGUAUCAGGCUAUGGAAACCAGCCUGGGUGGCAACAGGCAUGGUCGAGGCAGCAGGGCAUGGGACAAAGCUUCUAUCUACCGCCGCCUCCCUCCAUGCUCUCUUCCAAUCAAGUUUACAACCAACCCUUGGCUUACAAUCCUCAUCAGCCUCCAAACUCUGGUUCUCUUUCUAUCCAACCACCUCCCACUAAUGAUCAGCCUCUUACGUCCGCAACGUACAUCCCCGGCGGGAGUUCGUUUGGUCCUGGAGUUGGCAUACCGCCGCUUGACUCUUACGAUAACUUCUCUCGUGCAGACAGGGCUGGGUAUCCACCAGACUCGGACACUAUGCGAUAUAUCCCGCAAUCAUACGCCGAUCAAAUGAAUCGUUCUCACCAAGUCCCGUCUUCAUUCCGGGAACAGUCCGAUUCGGGUAAUCCCCUAGCAUUAAAUCAGAAUGUUCAUGGCCAAUCAUCGCUUCAGCAUUCUCAGGGACCAACCCGUGAGAACUCUAGCCGCCACGCCACCAGUGCCAUAUCCUCUGGUUUAUCAAUCCAUGAAGCCGAUGAGAGAUGGCCUCUGGACCGCGUGCUGCAGUGGCUUGUCCAUAAUGGAUUCUCCACUGAAUGGCAAGAAACUUUUAAAUCACUAGAUUUAAAGGGAGCGGAUUUUAUUGACCUGGGCUGCGGAGGAGCAAACGGCAUGGGGAACCUUGGCAAAAUGCACCAAGACAUCUAUCCCCAGCUCGCCAAAGAAUGCGUUAAGAGCGGAACUGGGUGGGACCAAAGUCGCGAGCGCGAAGAGGGAGUUCGGAUGCGAAAACUUAUUCGAGGUAUCAACUCUGAAAAUGCUCCGUCUGCGCGAUUCUACGAAAAUCUACAUCCCAGCGCGUCUACGGAUGGGGGUGUGGAAACUUCUCCUCAUUUGAGAGCAGAUUCUUUUCCCUUCGACCCUUCUUCUACUGAAUCUGGCUAUCAAGAGCCAAGUUCCAGAUCCGAAUUAUCUCGGAACAUUCUAGUCAACGCCUUUGGGGAAUGGAGACGACAUAGUCCCUCUGCAUCUAGUGACCACGGGGCAGGACUUCGUGCAUCCAGCAAUUCCCGUGCAGGAAGCCCAGCGACCCAAUUCGCGUCCAUGGCAACAGCAGAACCCGCAUUUUUAACUGGGGAAUUUGGCCAUGCUAAACGAAAUAGCUCAGAUUCUAUUAUAAGCCGCGGUUUGCGUCAAGCCCAAGGAUCUUCAAAUCCAGAUCAUUCAACGAAACAGACGGAACUGUCUACUAAGGACCACAAAGGGUUUUUAAAUGCCAUCCGAAAGAAAAUUGGUCCCUCCCAUCCUUCAGAAGAGCCGCAUCAUGACGCUUCUAUCAGCCCGGUUCGAAAUAACCAAUCAUUCCCCUACUCCGGGAAGCCAAGCCUAAACGCCAGCGAAACUUCUUUGGUAAUGGGUAUGUCAUUACCGUCUUCCGAAUCUCAUGCACGAAAGGCCAUUUCGAACCUUCCUCCGAAGAAGUUCAUCUUUGUAACUCUUGACGGCUGGAACUACCGCUUGGUAGAUGUUACUGACGUUGAUGCUGCGGACCUGCUCCGAGCCCGCCUGUGCAAUGGAGUCGGAAUCAAGGAUCCUUCUAGCGCUUUGAUAUAUGUGACAGAACCUGGACAAGUUGAUCAUGAGGAGCCACUGAGCGAUACCAUGCUAGUCGUCAAUCGCCGUUCCAGAUCAGACGCCCAAGGAAGUUUAAAGCUUUAUAUACAAAGCAUGACACCGUCGGCUUUUAACGUUUCUCAAUAUGCUGGCCUCGGACUGUCCUUUUCGGACAGAGUUGCCAAUGGGGCUAAACCACAGAGAAAUAUCCUUGAAGACGACACACGUAAUAGGACUAACCAACCUAGUCAUACUCGUCGAGUAUCGCCUUCCUUAGCGCACCGCUCAUCUAUGCAAAACCUACCAUCUUAUUCCCCAUUCCCUGAAGAUGACAGGUUGGGUGAGAAUCUCUCCGAGGACAAAGAACGAAACGCCGCGAUCCUGGCAGCGCACGAAGAGCAUCGUCGGAUAACUGAACAAAAACAGCAAGCCUUCCUCCAGUCCAGGCGGGAACAGCUUCAGAAGAAACAGGCAUCAACGGUCACUACAUACGGAAUAAAGCGGGGAGGAUUUAUUGAUUUCGAUUUACCGCGGACUUCGCCGUACGAAGAUAAACGGACUGACGACCUGGUUCCACGGAGAGAGCCACCAACAGCGCCAUCGGCAUCUAGCACCCUGACAAAGGUCAACUCUUUGAACAAAAAGCCUGGGGAAAAGGCCACAGAUAACACUUGUCAUCAGAGACGGUCUUCGAAGGAUUUCUUGUCCGAUAACCGGCAAAGGUCGUCUAGCUUUAGCCCGAAAAAUGCCUCUCCUAGCAUGGGCAUCGCUGCUGCCAUUGCCAACAUGGGAAAGAUCUCUGGCUCGAUUGCCAAACCCCUGGCAUCUUCGACAUCCUUUGGCCAUUCGCCUCGCACUCCGUCUGGAUCAGAGUUCGGGAGGUUUUCGACGGAAUCUGUGGAUGCUGGCAGUGCCAGUCCCCAUUGCGGUAGCUCAUCUUCACCAAGACCAUCAGCCUUUGCCCGUUCAGUUAGUGCAAAUAGUGAAAUUAUAGCAAGAAAAUCAACUCCCACCCAGGCCGAGUCCACACCUCCUGACAAGUCCGUUCAUUCAUUUUCUGCAAGCCCAAGCAGAGCGUCAGCAAUACCGCCAUCAAGACUGUCACACGGCCCAGACUUCGAUUUCCAAGAAACUGAAGUAUCUUUCGUUAAAUCACCUCAGCCCGCGCCUCAAGAUUCGGACGAGGAUUCUGACGAAGGCCUCUUCGCCAUUCCUCUUGCAAACGGCAAGAAUAAACCUCAAGUAAACAAGAAACCGCCUGCGACUAGAAGCCGAUUAGCAAAACCGGCCUUGACUGUGAAUACAAAUUCCAGGGCGGCGAAAGGCCUCUCUGUGACCUUCGAGUCCCCUGGUCCGUGCGAUUCAUUCACACCACUCACCGAUCACAGUGACUCGCGAAGCGGACAUUAUUCAGGGGAUCCCGAUACUGAUGACCUUUCUCCCGAAGAUUCAAGGAGCGCUCGCCGCCGAUCAUUUGUAAGGGAUGACGUCUGGGCAAGUCGUCCUCCAGUCGAAGGAAUGAUAGAACAUCUCGAUGAUUUCUUCCCGAAUAUCGACUUAGAUGAGCCUUAUCUGGAAGCUAUGCCUCUCACUCCUCCAAUAUCGCCAACUGCAACUUCAAGUCACCCAGACACAGAACCAGAGCAAUCUUUUACCCUCCGAGACCGUGUAGGUCAAGGUGGUCCCCCUACGACAUCCAUUCCACGGAAUGCCUCCGACACAUUAGGGUCAGAUGAGUCAACUCUAAAAGGAAAAGCAGCCCCGAAAACCGUCGCACACCGGAAUGUCGGCCGCUCUACUGGCUUGAGCCGCAUGAAGUCAAUCCGUGAGGUCGCAAAGGGAGCUCAUCAGAUCCGCCGAAAUCAAAGCAUUGCUGCAUCCAAAAAUGCACAAUCCGGUAUGCUACGGCGUAAGAGCACCAAGAUGUUUGGGGCGAGAAUCAUGCAGAUCAGUCCUAAACCAGGCAGUCGAUUGAGUGACCUGGAUCCUCUACCACAACACCCAGUUCCCCAGGAAAAACUGCCGCAGAGGCAAGCAACCUUUAGAAUUAUUAGAGGUCAGCUCAUUGGCAAAGGUACAUACGGUAGAGUAUAUCUCGGCAUGAAUGCAGAGACCGGUGAGAUCUUGGCGGUGAAACAAGUGGAAGUGAACCAGAAAGCAGCCGGGUACGAUAAAGACCGUAUUAAAGAAAUGGUCCAGGCUAUGGACCAUGAAAUCGACACGAUGCAGCAUUUGGAACACCCGAAUAUUGUACAAUAUCUCGGUUGCCAUCGAAGCGAAUUGUCCAUGUCCAUUUACCUCGAAUAUAUACCUGGUGGCUCUAUCGGAAGUUGUCUUCGGAAACACGGCAAGUUUGAGGAAAGUGUGGUUCAAUCACUUACUAUCCAGACGUUGCGUGGUCUGGCCUACUUGCAUGACAAGGGCAUUCUCCAUCGAGAUCUCAAGGCCGACAAUAUCCUCCUUGACCUCGACGGAACCUGCAAGAUAUCGGAUUUUGGUAUCUCCAAGAAAAGCGACAAUAUCUACGGAAAUGACGUGACCAACUCAAUGCAAGGCUCCGUAUUUUGGAUGGCACCAGAGGUAGUCCAGUCCCAAGGCCAAGGAUAUAGUGCCAAAGUCGAUAUUUGGUCUCUUGGGUGUGUGGUUUUGGAAAUGUUCGCUGGUCGACGUCCAUGGAGCAAAGAAGAGGCUAUUGGGGCAAUCUUCAAACUUGGAAGCUUGAACCAAGCGCCGCCUAUCCCUGAAGAUGUGUCGAUGAACAUCUGUCCAGCAGCUAUAGCUUUUAUGUACGACUGCUUCACGAUUAAUACAUUUGACCGUCCCACCGCUGAAACCCUCCUCUCCCAACAUCCCUUCUGUAUACCCGAUCCAAACUUUAACUUCUUGGAUACAGAACUCCAUGCGAAGAUUGGACACUUGUAGAUACAGCACUAUGCACAACCCCGGGUCCAUCUAUUGCCUGGAUACUGGGCCUACCCAUAGAGUAGCUCUAAACCCGGAAUUCUGCCUGCAGCCCGCCCUUUCCGUCUUUACUUCUCUUUUGUUCUUAUUUCUUAUUUUUUUUUCCCCUCUUUAAUUACUUACGAUACGUCUAUGGUUACCUGUCUGCGAAUUUCCGGACCAAGCGAUAAUAUUUUUGUUUUCUUAUUUUUGAUUCCUCCUCUGAUCUGUUACCUGCGUUUUUUCUACGUUCUCGGCCUUUUCAAAAUUUCUUGAGCAUAAUUCUUUGGCUACUUCAAAUAGAUAUGUUGACAGAAGAACAUACCGGUGAGAUCGCUGGCAUUAUCCUCCAACAUGUCGAUUAACUAUCUGUGGCCAUUAACGACCUUAGUGCUAGGCAAUGAAUAAAAAAAGUACCCAUGUUGUCAACUCUGAAUACUAUAUAAAACCUAACACGGGAAACGUGCACAGCCGCAACGCGCCGUAGAGAACUUAUUACCUACACACUCCCUGCGCUGCGAGCAUCGUCGGAGUCUUCUACAUCCUCUUCCGAACCCCUCAGGCCUGAUAUCCCCACGCAGAAGACGCCUUCACUCCAUUCAGUAAAGGUCUCGACAUCCCACACCUCAUCCGCUCGUCCUUUCCCAGUGGCUUUUCUCGCCAUUCGAUCACUGCUCGUCUCAGCAGAAGUGUACGCCUCAAAGAAAUCCUCAUACAGCUGAAUAACGCUAUCCCGCACCGCAGCUACCAGAGUCUCCCUGGUUCUAGUAUCGUCAAUAUAACUGCUCAGUACCUUUCUUAGCUUAGGAACUUCCUUCUGAACAGCCUGACACGUCUUCUCAAUCGCGCCACGAGCCUGUGAGGCAGAAGUCUCGUUAGAUGGUAGCGGAGUGGUCAUCUUCGCCGAAAAGGAGUUCGUGAAGUCGCUGAUUACAGUUCGAAGUCUGCCGUCUAACUCAGCUUUCGCGUCGAGCAUAUUCUCGACGACUCGUGGGAGAAGUCCAUCGCCAAGCAACCGGACGAGAUUCCGUGGGUUGAAUAGACCGCCGCGUUCGCGAAGUUCCCAGAAUGUAUUUGUCACCCCAGAGAAAUCAAAGGAUACUUCUGGAGACACGAAUUCAAUGUCGAAAGCUACGAUUUGCUGUUUCAAGAUGAGGAGGUGUUUGAUUAAAAAGAGCUGGGCGUCGGCUGGGGAGGACUUGGCGGCGAUUUGAGUACUGGCUUGAUGGAGAGAGAUGGUGGUUUGGUGGACUAUUUG